CCAGCCUGGUAUUCCAGGAUUCCUCUGGAGAGAGGCAGAGGAGGUGGGAAUGAACACACAGAGGGGGCUCAGUGCCUGCAGGGAAGGGUACCAGGAGGGGCAAAAGGGAGCUGCAAGCUCAGUACCUGAAGAAUAAGCCUCAGAACUGCGAGGACCUGGGCACCUCCUCCUCUAGCACGCAGAUGAAGCUUGGAGGUGAAGCUUUCUGCCUUCAGAACCUCCUCACAGCAUCCAGCAGCAGGCGGUGAACUUUUGGUCCCUGGGAAAGCUUUGGUGAUAGACGAGUACAUACCUGUUCUAGCAAGAGGCUGUGGCUUUAGAGCCGAGAAGGAGCCGGGUCCUACCCUGAGCUGAGGGAUCUCCUGCACAAAACCACCCCAGAGAACAAACCAGUUGUGGGGUAACGCGGUGAGCAGCGCACAGAGCAAACGCCCAGCACAGGGUUUAAUUACUGCGUACAAAAGUGCUUGGGUCGGGGCUGCUUUGGGCUGCUCCGGGUGUCAGCGAGCAGCUAUGCUGCAGAACAGGAUGUCGGAUUAAGGAGACUCCAGCGAAACCCGUGCUGAGGACAUCAGAGGGCAGCAGCCGGAGCUGGGAAGAAAGCAAAGAAGUGCUGGGAUAGGCACGGUCAGGACAAGGAUUCGGGCAGCGCGGAGCGACGGACGUGCUGCCAGGACGUUGCCCCCCGGGCAGCCUGGGAUAUGCCUAGGAAGGAGCUGGGAAUGGCUGGCUGCAACUCUGGCAGCUGCGACAGCAUGGUCAGCACGGCCUCCAACCACUCACAGCAUAGCGAUAACAGUUAUGACUACUUAUCUGUAGAAGAGAAAGAAUGUCUGAUGUUCUUAGAAGAAACUAUUGGCUCCCUGGAUGCAGAAGCAGACAGCGGGGUCUCUACCAACGAGACUGACUACACGGAGCCCUCCAAGCUGCCCGGGACCCGGCCUAAGAGAAACUCCAUCACCCGGGAUCUGGAAAACGGGGCUCCCCCCCUGCAGCAUGCAGCUGAACAGAAGAAUGGUAAAAACCCCUCUGCCUUCCCAAGGUCAGCUCCAGCAGUGGUUCCAAGCUCAGGCUAUUCCAGUCUUCCAAGGAUCACCACUGUAGCAAACGGAGCCUCUGACAGCAAAGUGACUGUCCACAGAGUGGAGGACCCAGUGCCAGGAGAGAAAUCCUCGCAGGAGAUGGCCAAGGACAGGCUUGACCAACCCAGCAGAAGGAGCCAGAUGAAAUCCCUGGAAUCUUUGCUUAUCCAACCUCCAGAUCCCUUCCAGGAUGAGCUGGUGAGCCAUGAGUGGUCACGCAGCAAUCGCUCAGAUGACAAGAGGGAAACAGCCAAGGAGACCAAGACUUGGAUGUCCUGGGGCCAGCCCGAGAAAUCCACAUUGGAAGAGGCCCCUCAGGACCCCGAUACCAAGCGCGGGCCUCCCACAGCCCCCAAACCACGAAAACUGCCACCAAAUAUCAUCCUGAAAACCAGCAAAACCAGCCCAGUGGCGCUCGCCGCAGAGCCCAGCCACAAGGUGAAAGCAUCGCCUCCAUCCUUGGGCAGCGACGCCACUGCUGAGAAGGUGAAUUCAGGGCACCUCGACCCCAAGGAGAGGGAGAAAGCCCGGCGGGAGGCAUUGGAGAAGCUUGGACUGUCGCAGGACAGGAGGGAGCCCAGCGCCCACCUUCACCCUACGGCACAUCCCCACCCGAAGGAGGUGCCAUUCCCCACCCCUGCGGAGCCCGAAGCAGGCAAUGGGGCAGCGGAGAGGUCGGUGCCGGGUGCCCGGCAGAUAACCUUCAAAUCCAACACCUUGGAGCGCUCCGGGGUAGGGCUGAGCAGCUACAUGGCCAGCGCCAAGGAGCAGAGCGUCAAGACCAGCAGCUCCUUGGGCAAGAUGUCCUUCAUCGAGCGGCUCGCCCCCAGCUUCCUCAGGAGCAGCCGCCCCAGGCCGGUGUCCCUUGGGACGGGGAAGGACUUUGCUGGUCUGAAAGAGCCGGGGCAGGCGGAGCAGGAGAAGAGCAGCAAGCGGCGAUCGCACCCGCUGCAGAGCUUCCCCAGGCCACCCCGCUCCUCUGUCAGCGUCAAGAUUUCCCCCAAGGGUGCCGCGGAUGAGAACCGGCGAGAGGCGCUGAAGAAGCUUGGGCUGCUGAAGGAAUAGCUCCGUGGGCAGUGGGGCUGCUGGGCAAGCGGCUGUCCCCCCAUAUCCAAGUGCUGUCACUGCCUGUCCUCAGGCAGCACGCCCAUAACCAUGUUCUGCUGCGACCUCUCGCCUCAGCGUCUUGGGGGAGGUACCACGAGAGGUAUUUGGAGCAUCACCAAAUGAAGCACCACCACGUGCACAUCACGUUUUGUAUAUAGCAAAUGUAUAGGAGCUAUUUAUGUGAGGCAUCGCUCAGCAUGCGGAUGGGGCGUAUUCUCCUACAAAGUCUUUAAUGCACUUGGGGAUUCACUGGAACAGGGAAGCCAUGGAAUUAGGGGUUUGGCUCAUUUUACAAGGCAUUACCUGUGGAUAAAGCCUCUCUGGGAAGAAGUACUGGACUCUGCUGCUCCUUUAGGAUUUUGUGGUCUUUUAUUAACUUUAUCAAAGCCUUUGAGGCCUGAGCACUCACCUGCCCCAUACAAGUGCCUCCCAAAAGCCACCACUGCCAUGUACAAAACCAUCAGACCCACGGGCAAUGGAGGGGACACAGUGAUGCUCCCCAUGCACAAGUGCUCCUCAGGGCCUGGCUGGCUUCACACCCACUGCGAGGCUACGCUCACAUCCAUCCCUGACACCCUGGAUACAGCACUUAGACACAAACAUCCAUCUUCAUUGUGGAGUGACAAUGAACAAACAACAGGUUGUGUUGGUGGCAGACCCAGGAGUGCUGCCCCAAAGGAGAGAUGCAAGGCUGAAACAGCACCAUUUCAGCCCCUUUCAAACUCUUCUCCCAUCACUCAGACCCAGCUGAUGCUGUCAGUGUUCAUGCUGCACACCUUUUAUGACAAAGGUGGUUUAUUUCUGUAAUAAACUUGUGUAUGAUCCAAAAAA